CCCGUGCCGAGCGCAACCCGACUUCAAUCCAUCGGCGACAGUCGAGCGAGUUGUACGUGUUUUUUCUCUACUCAGGUGUUUCCGAAUCUAUUGAAACAGUUUUUGCCCUGCAAAAGUAUUGUGCUCAGUUCAGUGAUCAUCAUCCGAGAGACCGAAAAUCGUGUUUUGACGCGCGUGUGUGUGAAGAGGAAGGAAGAAAGAAGUGCCGAAGCGGUCUUCUUGUUUUUGUGCGGUGCGUCUUCUCACCGAAGAACCGAGAAUAAAGUGUUCCUCUCCUUGUUGCGCACCCGCCUGCUGCUGCUGCUGAGCGGGGAAGAAGAAGAAAGGAAAGGUGUGCGAGCGAGUGAGUGAGUGAGGUGAAAUUACGCAGUAUUUUUCCCGAAAACCAGACGGACGAACGGAAAAAAAAACUCGAAUCGGACAAAGUUUAGAAAGAACGAAUCGUCGUGGUUGGAUUUUAUUUGCGGAAGUUUUUCGAGUGUGAAAAGUGUGGAAACUCCGUUUCGGGUGUCGGAAUUCGCCGGUUAAGAUAAGGAAAGCGUUUUGGAGUGACUUUCGCGGGAGGAUUAGUUGACGAAAGUGUUUUAUGUCUGUGUCAGAUUGAUUGAAAACGGAGUGCCGGAUCAAUUGGCUGCCGGAGAAUCCCUUCCCAGGAACAAUAACCGACAGGGCCGGCCGCUUUUGCUGUUCUGCAUUCAAGGCCGGGAGGACAUUUUGUUUCUGUGUGUGAUCGGGAAGAAGUAACUUCUGCUGUGCGAAAAAAACAACUCAACUUGGGUGCGUAUGUGAAAAGAUUUAGACAACGUAAGUGAUCGUCGUCGGAAACGGGACCCGGUGGAUUAUUCAAUCGACCGACUCGACCAAAGAGGACAGAACAGAAGAAUCCGAAAAUAGCUUGAAAAGUGUUGCGUUUCGUGUGGUGGUAGUUUUGGGUGUCGGAGGAAUCUUCCCGGUAAGAAGGCGAAAGUCUAAAGAAGCAGAAGAAGAAGCAAUGGAGAUCGAGAAGCCUCUGAACGGAGACCACGCGCUCCUGAAUGGUGUCCCGGAGAAGGCCAACGGGCACCAUAGCGAGGACUCGUUGAGUCCGGUCGGAAGCCCGAAGGGGGCCGUCGCUGUCGCUGGAUCGCCGGGCAGCGAUAACCUCAUGAAGAAGCCGCUUCCGAUCCUGGACGAGCGACUGAAGAAACGGGUCCGGAAGUUGUCCCGUUCCAAUAGCAAGGACGGAGUGCUCGGAGUCGCCGGAACGCCCAAUUUUGUUGCCCCACACAGAAAAUGGAAGAACAGUCGGCGAUCGCGUAACGGCUAUGGCCGGGGACUGCCAAAGAAGGGCGGAGCCGGGGGCAAGGGGGUUUGGGGUAAACCCGGCUCGGAAAUCUACCAGGAGGUGGACGAGGACGACCAGAACGAUCCGAACUUCGACCUGGACGCGUACAACAGUCACCACAAUAUCGAACUCAAGGAGGUCGUCCCGGAGAUGACGGACGAGGAGUUCCAGAAGAAGGUCGAACCCAUCUUCCUGGAGUACUACGAACACGGCGAUACCCACGAGGUGGCCGAGAGUCUGGACGACUUCAUCACGCCGGAACGGCGACCGCUGCUGGCGAAGAUUGCCGUCGAGAUGGCCUUCGAGCACAAGCAGUCCCAGCGGGAGAUGACCUCGGUGCUGCUGUCCGAUCUGUACGGCCGCACCGUCACCAGCAAAGAUAUUUGCGCCGGAUUCGACAUGCUGCUGGUCAACAUGCCGGACCUGAUCCUGGACACCCCGGAGGCGCCGCACAUCCUCGGCAACUUCAUUGCCCGUGCCGUCGCGGACGAUUGCGUCCCACCAAAGUACGCUUACGACAUCGAGCGGGAGGAGCUGUGCCCGCAGGCUCGGGAGGCCCUCAUCCGGGCCUAUUCGCUCCUGUCGCAACACCAGGGCUGGGGCCACCUGGACGACGUCUGGGGCGUCGGCGGGGCGCUCCGGCCCGUCCAAACCCUGACCCGGCAGAUGGCCAUCCUGCUGAAGGAGUACCUGCUGUCGCGUGAUCUCGAGGAAGCGCACCGCUCGAUCAAGGAGCUCGAGGUGGUGCACUUCCACCACGAGCUGAUUUACGAGGCCAUCGUAAUGACGCUGGAAGCGUUGAACGAGCAAACCGAGGAGGCGAUCUGCACCCUCUUCAAGUCGCUGGACGAAACCUGCAUCGUCAGCCCGGAACAGAUGGAGCAAGGCUUCCGCAGGGUCUACGAGGACAUGACCGACAUCGUACUGGACAUUCCGCUCGCCUACUCGAUCCUGGAUCGAUUCGUGCAGCGCUGCCAGCGUGCCGGGUUCCUCAGCGAUGCCCUCAUCAAGGAUUUGCCCUCGAGAGGCCGCAAGCGGUUCGUCUCCGAGGGUGACGGUGGCCGCAUUAAGCCAGUCAAUCUGCUUGCCCGUGACUUUUAAGUGACUAAGCGCGCUCCUCUAGCGCCAUCUGCAUUGAGAGGGGGGUUGUGGCCCAACCGCGAGCGUAUCUGGGUUGAAUCGAAGGGACAAGCGCGGCCGAAGGCUCUCCCCCUCCCGAACAAGAAGUAUAACAAGAAACAAGGCAGCAAUGUUCUAUUUUGUUUGCGUAUGGGAGCGGAGAACAGUGGACCUCUACCGGAGAAAAAGAGUUGCAAGUGUUGAAAAUGUCGAUGAAGGAAGAUUGCCUAUAAUAGCAUUGCCGCCGCCAAACAAAGUCAGAGAAAAAGAGAGAAUUGCAGGUUUUUCACAAAAGUCAACCUAAUCUACUGUUAAUCUACAAAACAAUUCACAGCCCGAGCGCAUCCUACCUAUACAUACUUGUAUUUUGAUAUAAAACCGGCCACAGAAAAGACCGAGUGAGAUUUGAAACAAACAAAACUCAAACCAUCUACCUGUCGCGAGAGAGAGGAAGAGUGUCGUCGGCUUCAAGAAAUUAGAUGUGCACUCUUUCUGCUUUCGUCUAGCAGUUAAGGCAUCAUUUACCAUCAAAGCUACUAAACUACGGGAAGGAAGUGUAGAAAUGGAUCAGCCGAAUCAGCACUGCAGGAAACGAACGUAAAGGGGGAAGUGGAAGCAAAAGAAGAAGAACGAGGAUUGGACAUAAAACAAAAGGUAGCAGAUUCAAGCAAAAAGCAAGGUAAAUUUAUCAUAAAAUUAAGCUUACAUUUAAAACUCAUACAAAACAAACAUAUAAUAUGCAAAACCAUACAAAAAAACUAUUCAAACCAACAUAUAACAAAAAAUUAACGAUUAAUCGGUGAGAUAAAGUGCACAGUUAUUCACUUGAUUCUUAUUUAACAUGAAAUACUUCUUAUUUUCGGAAUAAAUGUGUCACCAAAAUAUUGCAAAAGUUCUAAUAUAAAUUUAUCAUCCAAGUAGGCUGUCGCAGCAGACAAAGUAGGCGAAAUUCACACAACUUAACACGAAUUUUAGAGCAUUUUAGGCCAUUCAGAAGCAUUUGUCUGUCUGUAACCUCCACACUAAAUACUUAAGUUUUAGACCUACAUUAGAAAAGGAAUCAAAAAGAUUUGAAAAAAAGUUAGAAGACAAUUUAAAACACCUUCUUAGCUUGUAGGAUUUGUUCCAUUUCACCCCCUCGGCAAAAUGAAAUUUGUUUCAGUGUAGAGAGUUGCAUCCGUGGCAGUGGUCCACACUUUUUGAUCGUUUUUAGUUUAGAAAGAGCAAGAGCAUCGGGUCCUUUAGAACGCGACCUUUGUUUGAAACACUUUUGAAACCACUAAUAUUGGAUAAGCGAAUGAAGUUGAGGUCAUUGAAUUCGGGAUAAUACAGAAAAACAUACAUACACACAUGGAAAAAUGCUACCUGAACUUUUUACUUGUUUGAUGAAUAUGAUGAGAAUAGAGAGAAAAAGAGAGUAAACGGGCAAGCAAACUCUCACGGAGGAAGCUAGUAAACUGAGACAAAUCGACGCUUUGUAAAUUGUAGAUUCUCCAAAUGAAGUCAAAACUUGAUUCGUUCUUAACGAUUGUGAUCGGUUUGUCUCGGUUUCACCUCCCGCAAAGUGAAAACACCUGUCUAUGAAUGAUGGCCCCCACUAGCUGUUAGUCUGUCUUUUUGGAACCUGGAACCUGUCCCUCCCCCCCUGUCUGGUAAGGAAAAGAAAAACGAACAUUGCAUUGAAUGAGCAUUAGGAAGCAGAAGGAAGGACACGGAUCGAAGGGAAACGAUGAUUGUAAGUGUUAAUUCUUUGAACUUGAGAGAAAAGGCAGAUACAAAUGCAUAUAACAUUUAGAAUUACUACUACUGUAUCGUACUGAGAAUAAAUCUGAAAACAAAGAAAUCAGUGACAUAAUAAACCUAUGGGUCCCUAUGAUAUAGGGGUACCGAAUGAAGCAAAAGCGUAAAAAACAAUGAAA